GCGCGGAUCAACGGAAAGAGCCGAAGACAUCGGCUCAGUCAUGAUCAGCUGUGUCCAGUCACAGCUGAUCGCAUGGAACAUGUACACUGAUCAUCAGGGCACUGAUGAUCAGUGUGCCCUGAUAAGUGUAGCCUCAGCAGUGCCACCUGUCAGUGUCCAUCAAUGCCACCUGCCAGUGCCCAUCAGUGCCACAUAUCAGUGCCCAUCUGAGCUGCCUUUCAGUGCCACCUAUCAGUGCUGCCAGUCAAUGCCACCUGUCAGUGCUAUAUGAGUGCUGCCUUUCAGUGGCCAUCAGUGAUGCCUGUCAAUUCCCAUCAGUGCCACCUACCAGUGCCUCCUCAUCAGUGCCACCUAUCAGUCCCCAUCACUG